GUCGCUUAGUACGCAGCAUUUUCUAUUCAAACACAAACAAUAUAUUCAUGUUGAUGCUGAAACUGAACAUUUUAAGGUAGGCUAUGGAUAUUUAUUUCCAUACAGGAGCGGGCAUUAUUUUCAAUCUCCACAUUUGAAAUUGAAAGAAACCUGACUGUGAAACUGCCUCUACAACAAAGAUCAUUUUAGAGAAGAGAAAAUGGCCUCCAAAUCAUUUUCAGAGGAGGAUUUCUGCUGUUCUGUGUGCUGUGACAUUUUCAAAGACCCUGUUGUCCUCACAUGUAGUCACAGCGUGUGUAAAGUGUGUCUGCAGAAGUUCUGGGCAAGUAAAGGAUCCAGGGAAUGUCCCAUCUGUAGGAUGAAGUCACCACAGGAUCCCCACCCUAACCUGGCUCUGAGGAACCUGUGCGAGAUCUUCCUACAGGAGAGAGGAAAGAGAGCUUCAGCAGGGUCUGAGGUGCUCUGCAGUCUGCACAGGGAGAAAAUAACGCUUUUCUGUGAGGAGGAUAAACAACCUGUGUGUUUGGUGUGUAGAGACUCAAAAACACACAAAAACCACAACUUCAGUCCCAUCAGUGAGGCUGUACAAAAUGUUAAGGAGGACAUCAACCUCAAACUGGAGGCUUUAAGAACAAAGCUAAAUGCCUUUGAAAAAGCUAAAGUAAUAUGUGACCAAACGGGAGCCCACAUUGAGACUCAGGUCCAGCACACAGAGAAGCAGAUCAAGGAGGAGUUUGAGAAGCUCCACCAGUUUCUACAAGAUGAAGAGGCAGCCAGGAUAGCUGCAUUGAAGGAGGAAGAGGAGCAGAAGAGUCAGACGAUGAAGGAGAAGAUUGAGAAGAUGAGCAGAGAGAUCUCAUUUCUUUCAGACACAAUCAGAGCUGUAGAGGUAGAGAUGGGAGCUGAUAAUGUCACAUUCCUGCAGAACUAUCAGAGCACAGCAGAAAGAGCCCAGUGCACACUGCAGGAUCCAGAGAGGGUUUCAGGAGCUCUGAUCAAUGUGGCAAAGCACCUGGGCAACCUGAAGUUCAGAGUCUGGGAGAAGAUGCAGGAGAUUGUCCAAUACACUCCUGUGACUCUGGAUCCCAACACUGCACACCCACAACUCAUCCUGUCUGAGGAUCUGACCAGUGUGAGACCUGGUGAUGAGAAGCAGCAGCUUCCUGAUAACCCAGAGAGAUUUAAUCUCUAUCACAGUGUCUUGGGCUCUGAAGGCUUUAACUCAGGGACUCACUGCUGGGAUGUGGAGGUUGGGGAGGACACAAGAUGGAUUAUGGGUGUGAUGGCAGAGUCUGGCCAGAGGAAGGGCAAAUUGCAGUCCAUUCCUGGAUUAUGGCAUCUUCAGUAUGAUCAGGGUGAAUAUCGAGUGGGGUCUGCACACACCUGCACUCGCCUCACAGCAAAGCAGAAACCCCAGAGGAUCAGAGUGCAGCUGGACCGGGACAGAGGAAAGCUGACAUUCUCUGACCUUGAUAAUAACACACACCUACACACUCUCACACACACUUUCACUGAGAGAAUGUUUCCGUUUUUUAAUAGUGUGUGUCCUCUUAGGAUCUUGCCAGCUUCCAUAAAGGUAGAGCAACACAAACACAGCUUAACUGAACCAUGGAUUUUCAGACAUGCUAUGUCUGCAUUCAGGCUCUGAGAAAUAUAAGCAGAUGGAUAUAUGCAAUCUGAAGAAGAGUGAUAGAGAGGGGAUGUGAUUUACUUUACCUUCAAGUUGUAUAGGGUAAUAGGGAGUUGUAUAUUUCCUAUGUCCUAUAUCAUUCAUGCUACCCAUUUUGUAUUCACUAUUUGUACACUUUAUAUUACUACAUGCACUGUCAAAUC